GGAGCGGCGAGACGGGGAAGUGGCCGGAGCCGUCGCCGAGGGAGCCGUCGCCGAGGUAGCCGCGGGCCAUGGCCAGCGCCGCCCCUGGCCCGUCCCCUGGACUGUCCCCCGGGUCGCCCCCCGGACCGUCCCUGGCCCUGGACCGCGUCCCCCUGGUGGCCCUGAACUUCAAGGUGCGGACGCGGCUGUCCCUCUACCUGAACCCGCAGACCCCGGUGGCCGCCGACUGGACGGCGCUGGCCGAGGAGCUGGACUACGAGUACCUGCAGAUCCGACACUUCCAGGCGCAGCCCGACCCCACCGGCUGCCUGCUGGAAGACUGGGGGCGCCACGGACGACAGGCCACCGUGGGACGCUUCCUGGCCCUACUGGCCAAACUGCAGCGGGACGAUGUCCUCUCCGACCUGGGCCCCAGCAUCGAGGAAGACUGCCAGAAGUUUCUUCUGAAGCAGCAAGAAGAGGCCGAGAAGCCCGUGCAGGUCGCGGCCGUGGACAGCAGCGUCCCGAGGACGGCAGAGCUCUCAGGGAUCACCACAAGGGAUGACCCUCUGGGCCAGUUGCCGGAGCUCUUUGACGCCUUCAUCUGCUACUGCCCGAGCGACAUCCAGUUUGUGCACGAGAUGAUCCGGCAGCUGGAGCAGACCGAAUUUGGGCUGAAGCUAUGCGUGUCGGACCGCGAUGUCCUCCCCGGCACCUGCGUCUGGUCCAUCACCAGUGAGCUCAUCGAGAAAAGGUGCCGCCGGAUGGUGGUGGUCAUCUCGGACGACUACCUGCAGAGCAAUGAGUGCGAUUUCCAGACCAAGUUUGCGCUCAGCCUCUGUCCGGGGGCUCGCCAGAAGCGGCUGAUUCCGGUCAAGUACAAAGCCAUGAAGAGAGAUUUUCCCAGCAUCCUCCGCUUCAUCACCGUUUGCGACUACACAAACCCCUGCACCAAGGCCUGGUUUUGGCCUCGACUCGCCAAAGCUCUUGCCCUGCCGUGACAGGCCUUGAGGGGAUCUCUACUCCACCUCUCCCCUCGUUGCCAUAUCUCCUCCUCAGUUCUGCCCCACAAACCCCUCUGAAGUUCUGGGCCGCUCUUGCUCCCAGCCUGUAGUCCCAUUGUACACCUCCACCUGCCCUACUGGCCCCGUUCUGCCUGGCAGUUGCCCCUGCUUCCAUCCGGUCACCUGUGGGCACUGCCCCCACCCCCAAAGGCCAGUAGGGAGAUCCCUGGGUGGACAGGUGAGGGGAUGGGGAAAGGAACGCUGAGGGAGCGAGUGGGAGAUAGCUGGGGCAACAGAUCUGUUUCUGGACUCCCAACUCCCCCUCUAUUCGCUUGCUGGACAGCGGGAACCCCUGGGCCAUCAGCGAUCAGCCCCUGUGACCCCCAUUUUUGACAGGGGAGCCAGCUGCUGCCUCUCAGUAUAAGCUCCAUCCCUCCAUGGUCUUGACCUGCAUUUUGGUUGAAUUAUGGAGAUAUUGCAAGUCGGUAAAAACCUCACUUGCCCAAAAUAGCCAGAUUAAAAACAAACAUUUUUGUAUUCUG